GCCCCACCCCGCGCCCGCCCUCUGCAGCCAGAGCGGCUUCGCCUGAGGCGGCGGCUGAGGCGGCCGAGGCGGCGCCGGGGGUCGUGGUCGCCGGCCCUGCGGCGGCCCGCUGUCAGUCUGCUCCCGUCCCGGGCCGGCGGGCGAUGGUGCGGCGGAGCGCGCGGACGCGGGCGGCGCGGCGGCGGGCAUGAGGGAGGAUGGAAGGGCAAGAUGAGGUGUCGGCGCGGGAGCAGCACUUCCACAGCCAAGUGCGGGAGUCCACGAUAUGUUUCCUUCUUUUUGCCGUUCUCUACGUUGUUUCCUACUUCAUCAUUACGAGAUACAAGAGAAAAUCAGAUGAACAAGAAGAUGAAGACGCCAUAGUGAACAGGAUUUCGUUGUGUCUGAGCACGUUCACGCUGGCGGUGUCAGCCGGGGCCGUUUUGCUUUUACCCUUCUCCAUAAUCAGCAACGAGAUCCUGCUCUCCUUUCCUCACAACUACUACAUUCAGUGGCUGAAUGGCUCCCUGAUUCAUGGUCUGUGGAAUCUUGCUUCCCUCUUUUCCAACCUCUGUUUAUUUGUGCUGAUGCCCUUUGCCUUUUUCUUUCUGGAAUCAGAGGGUUUUGCUGGCCUGAAAAAGGGAAUCCGAGCCCGAAUUUUAGAGACUCUGGUCAUGCUUAUUCUUCUCGCAUUGCUUAUUCUUGGGAUAGUGUGGGUCGCCUCCGCGCUCAUUGACAAUGACGCUGCCAGCAUGGAGUCUUUGUAUGAUCUCUGGGAGUUCUACCUACCCUAUUUAUAUUCCUGUAUAUCUUUGAUGGGAUGUUUGUUACUUCUCUUGUGCACCCCUGUCGGCCUCUCCCGCAUGUUCACAGUGAUGGGGCAGUUGCUGGUGAAGCCAACGAUUCUUGAAGACCUGGAUGAACAAAUUUAUAUUAUCACCCUGGAAGAGGAAGCACUCCAGAGACGACUAAAUGGACUGUCUUCAUCAGUGGAAUGCAAUAUAAUGGAGUUGGAACAAGAACUUGAAAAUGUGAAGACCCUUAAGACAAAAUUAGAGAGGCGAAAAAAAGCUUCAGCAUGGGAAAGAAAUUUGGUGUAUCCCGCUGUUAUGGUUCUCCUUCUUAUUGAAACAUUCAUCUCGGUCCUCCUGGUGGCCUGUAAUAUUCUUUGCCUGUUGGUUGAUGAAACAGCCAUGCCAAAGGGAACAAGGGGCCCUGGGAUAGGAAAUGCUUCUCUGUCUGCUUUCGGUUUUGUGGGAGCUGCACUUGAGAUCAUUUUGAUUUUCUAUCUUAUGGUGUCCUCUGUCGUCGGUUUCUAUAGCCUCCGGUUUUUCGGAAACUUUAUUCCCAAGAAGGAUGACACAACUAUGACAAAGAUCAUUGGGAAUUGUGUGUCCAUCUUGGUCUUGAGCUCUGCCCUGCCUGUGAUGUCAAGAACACUGGGAAUCACUAGAUUUGAUCUACUUGGAGACUUUGGAAGGUUUAAUUGGCUGGGAAAUUUCUAUAUUGUAUUAUCCUACAAUUUGCUUUUUGCUAUUGUGACAACAUUGUGUCUGGUCAGAAAAUUCACCUCUGCUGUACGAGAAGAACUUUUCAAGGCCCUAGGGCUUCAUAAGCUUCACUUAUCAGACACGUCAAGGGAUUCGGAAACGUCAAAGCCGUCUGCAAACGGGCAUCACAAAGCACUGUGAGAACGCGCAGCGCUCUGCCACUGACCCGGGAGCCCCCGGCUCCCGACCGCCCCGUCGUCGGUCAGAAAUGACUCGCCCCGGCGGCGCCUCCCGGUGAGCGCCCGGGCCUGGCGGCGCCGCCGCUUUCACAGUCUCCUAAAACUCGGCCGCCACGGGCCACGUGUCCGUUUAACUCCGUGAGGACCCCCUACUCGCCGGCCAGACCGGCAGCUCGGGGCGGCACGUUCUUCCGUGGACGCGGGUGCUGGCCUCGGUUGGUACAGUCACCCAGACGAGCAUGUUUUAAGGCCAACUCCGGGGCUCUCUAGGAAUGCAGUUAAAUCCCAUUGUAUACUUUGUUCAAGACGGAGGAGGCCGCGAGAAAGGCAUCCUUGGUGCUUGGCUGUGAAGUGAAGGCCCUGCAGACGCGCAGGCUUACAGCUGCCACCGUUGCGGGGGCGAUGGGAACGGCAGCGCUUGCAGAUGGGAUUUCUCCCCUCCUUAGGGAAAAGGACAAAAGCAUAGUUCCGGCUUUUGUUUCAGGGUGACAGCGACUGGACUUUGAGUCCGGGGAGAAAGGCGAAAUUCUUUUUUUAAAGCCCGAUCCGUGGGAGAACACAAGGGAACGCCUGCCACCGCGCGGUGUGGUCCGCUCGGCCAGAAGUAGUACGUAGCCACCGUUCUCCGACGUCUCACGUGUAUGCGACUCAGUAUUACCUCUCAUAACACAGUUGCCGGUGUUGAAUACACUUGUAACUUAGAUUUUGCCUUAUAGGCUAUGUGUACACUCGGUUUUUUAAAGCAUUUCUUCAGAUAUCUCUCUGUUCCUUGUUCUCCCGUGUCCCAUUAUGAAACUACAAAUCAUCUGUGGCAGAAACCCUGCUGUCACCACACUCUUCAGGCUUUGGUUCCUUUCCUAUAUGCCGAUUUAAACCUCAGAUUUAUAAAAGUCACCAGGUUACCACCCAGAUGCACAGUAUCAGCAUUCAUGAUGUAAGAGUAGCUCCACGAUGUAUCGUGAUCAGAUAAUCAUUCAGUUACUGAAUUGUAAAUAAUUCUUGGGAUGGCUUCUUGACUUUUAAGUCCACUGAAUAAAACUAUAAAAUUGUACUCUGUGUUACCAGGCACCAGGAUAGGGUACUGAAAAUUGUGCAUGCAGACACGUGACACGAGCCCCUUUGCACACAAUUCAUAGUUACGCAGUCUCCGUAAACACUUACGUUCACAUGCACUAUGUGUAUGGCAAUAGAUUGUCUGUGUUCAGACAAAAGUAAAAGAACAGUUUUCUCAAGUUGUUUUUUGGAGAAAUUUAUGAAAAUCCGGCUGUAUAUAUUUGACAUAAAAAAUUUCCAUUUAGAGCCAAAAUAAUAAGAAAAAUUAAUCUGUAUAUUCCUCAGUUCCAUUGAGUAUACCUCUCCUUCAUUUAUACCUCUGCAUUUCCUUCUGAGCUUCUCUGCUUGUUAAAAUGCAGCUUCGUUGUAAAAUAAAAGACCAUUUUGUGAUUCUAAACAACACUCCGUAAAUACCACCAGUGUAGCAUUGGGAAUCUCUCAGCAUGAGACCUGGAGCAAAUGAACAGAAGAUGGCUAUUUCCUAAUUUCACUGAUAGUUACACCUAUUUAAACAUUAAUUGCAAGCUUUGAUUUUUACUGAAACUUGCUUGCAAUCCAUAUUUUGAACAGACCUGGUCAAGGAAAGAAGAGAAAAGAAAGUUCUUUCAAUAAAAGAACAUCCAUCACUUGUAACUUAACAGCCAUAGGAAGUUCCUGGGUAUUUGUAAGAUGUCUGAGAAUUUCUGAGUCAAAUAUUAAACUUUUCAAUGUCUGUAUCAA